CACUUACUCAACAAAUUCGAGAAUUUUAUAUUAUGGAAAUGGAAGUUUUAAGUUGUUAAUGGCGAGAUGUAUUAACAAGUACCAGUUGGCGCGUUCCCUUCAAAAUUUGGAUUUCUGUUCCAAACAAGCUGGAACCCUAAUGCUCAUCAUUUUUUCAAUAAACUUCAGGAAAACCCUCAAAUUGAAGAGAUAAAAGGAAAAAACAAUCGAAAAUGAUUAUCAGAACGCCACCGGCGAGGAAGAGAAGGGCGAAUUCACGGCCUCUGGAUGAUGAUGAUAAUAAUAAUAAUACUCAGAGCCGAAGCUCCGAUAAGCAGCUGUUGGUGUACGAAGAUCUUCCGGCGCCAGAGUAUUCUCAUGGCCAUUCAAUCCCCACCACAUCGGACCACAUGCUGUGCACCUACCAAUGCCGUCAAAUGGUGAAAUCCGAGUUCUUUGAUGCCUUAAGCAGUGCAGAAAAGCAAGCGCAUGAUUAUCAAUCUAAAUUUGAAGCUCUGAAUGAAGAUUUCUCGAAAGCAGAUGCUGAGAGAAAGAAAUUCCGAGAUAAACUAUUUAAUGCUGAGCAAGAACUAGCUGCUGCUAAAGGACGUGAACAUGCAUUGCAAGAGCAACGGAGGAAGGAGAUUGAUUUUUCUCAAGAACACCUCAAGAAACAGAUGCAAUCCUUUAGUGAUCUAGAGGUAAAGUUCUCUAAUGAGAUGGAUCUUCGGAAAAAAGCAGAGUCAUUAGCAGCCAAAGCUGAAGAAAAAGCAAGCCAUGUAGAGGCAAACCUACGCACUUUAUCAGAAAGCAUAGCUAGGGAGAAGAGUUCGCUUCAGAAUGAGCUUGUUCACAUGCGAAGUGAAUCAAAGCUUUCAAUUUCUAGAAUAAGUGCCGAUCUUGAGAAGAUGGAAUGUAGAGCUCAAAAUGCAGAAAAAGAGUCGGCCUUAUUGAGAGGGCAGUUGGAUAAACUUAAAAACCAACUGGAUGAGUGCAAGCAUGAGAAGUUUGAGGUAGAGAAAAAGUUGUCAGCCAAAUCUCCGGAAAUUCCUUCUAACGACACUAAUUUGUUGGUAAAGCAUUUGCGUGAAGAACUGAGGAGUUAUGAGUCUGAGGUGCGUGAAGCAAGAAAAAUAAAAUCUGCUCAUGAAGACGUUGAGCUGUUGAAAGAAAAGUUACACGAAGAAAUAAAACGCAGGGAGAGGGCUGAGUUUGAUCUACUUAAAUUAGCUGAUCUCCAGUUAAAUGUGAAAAAAUUGGAAGAUGAGCUGUCUACCUGGAAAUCAGUGGUUAAUGAAAUUCCUGGUGUGUCAUCUGCAGAUGAUAUACCCACCAAAUUUGCAGCUUUACAGAAGGAGGUGGUUGAUAGUAUGAUGAGAGGGGGUGAGGCCCAGGCAUGUGUCAAAGAACUUCAAGUGGCUAUUGAUUCAGCAGUCCUCAAUAAACAAAAUGCAGAAACUGAGGCCACAAUGUUGAAAGAGAAGGCAGAGUCAUAUAAAGCUGAAAUCAAAAGGCUGGAAUUGAAGCUCAGUAUGACUACUGAGGAAAGAGAUCACUUGGAGAAUGUUUAUAAAGAAUUAAAAGAACACAAGAACACUGGCAGUGGAACUGAAUUAGUCAGUGGAACUAUUAUUCAGGUGGAGCUCGAAGCAUCUCAUGCAAAGAAGGAAAAUUAUGUCAGAGAACUGGAGAACAGUUUAGUAGAGAAAACAGAAACCUAUAGUCGACAGCAAAACGAAAUUAAGUUGCUAAAUGAAAGGUUAACAAAUGAAGCAAGACGAGUCAAGAUGUUAGAGCGAGAAGGUGAUCGCCUUCGUUCUGAGAUAUCUUUGUUGGAGUCUAAGUUAGGGCAUGGGGAUUUUUCUUCUGCUAACACGAAAGUUCUGCGGAUGGUUAACACCCUAGCAGUUGACAACGAGGCAAAACAGACAAUUGAGACUCUGCAAGAUGAGCUGCAGAAGACAAAAGAACAGUUGCAGGCUGUUGAGGAACUUAAGAAACAGUCGUCUGAUGCUGGCACUCAUGUUGACUCCUACAUUGCUGGGAAAAUUAAGCAGUUGAAAGAGCAAAUUGCAACACUUGAAAAGCGUGAGGAGAGAUACAAGACAGUUUUUGCAGAAAGAAUCUCUGUUUUCCGGAGGGCCUGCUGUGAACUAUUUGGUUACAAGAUUGUUAUGGAUGACCAUCAGCGCCCAGAUGGAAUCCCCGCCACACGAUUUACUCUCCAUUCUAUAUAUGCCUUGAGUGAUGAUGAAAAGCUUCAAUUUGAGUAUGAAUCUGGGAACACUAGCAUUGUGAUGAAUGAGUAUGCUUCACAGCCCGAGAUAUCCCGGCAGAUUGAUAUAUUUAUCAGGAAGAUGAAUUCGAUUCCUGCGUUCACAGCGAAUCUGACAGUGGAAUCUUUCAACAAGCGUACACUCUCAUGAAAUGCCCGACUCUCAUAAUACGACUGCAAGCUUUCACCAUUUUAUCAUAACAUGAGUUCAGUAAUAUAACAUUAAUUUUUCUGUUUGUACAAUUCUCGUCUUGUGUGAUUGUUUCCUUGUAUUAUGAAUCCUUAUCUCAUCAGCAAUGUACAUUUAGCUAUACGACAACUUAUGCGACAUAUGUUGGGAAAAAUCGCUUUGACAAUGUCUUUGACAAGUGUCUCAAUUUUGGGAUUGCUUGUGUCUGAGUCUACUUAAACAUACUGCUUGCAAAAAGGGUUUACUGUUUGGUUGAUUCUUUUAUACGGAUGGAAUCUUGUCCAAUGGGUUGAUGCUUAGAG